AUGAAACAAGGUCAAGGCUUCCUCCUCGUCUUCUCCAUAACCUCCAUGUCCUCUCUAAACGAACUCGCCGAACUCCGCGAACAAAUAAUCCGAAUAAAAGACGACGAAAACGUCCCCAUCGUCAUUGUCGGAAAUAAAUCAGACCUCGAAGAAGACCGUGCCGUCUCGCGAUCGCGUGCCUUCGCCCUUUCGCAGCAAUGGGGGAACUCUCCAUAUUAUGAAACCUCUGCCCGACGGCGUGCUAACGUUAACGAGGUUUUUGUUGAUUUGUGUCGGCAAAUUAUCAGGAAGGAUAUACAGGCGAGUCAGGAGAGGAGUAUGGAGCUGGCGAUGAAUGGGAGGAAUGGCGGCGGCGUUGGUGGUGCGGACAGACACCGCCGACACCAUGGCCGAUUACGGAACCAUCGGAGGAGAACGAAGGUAAAAGGGGACUGUGUGAUUUUGUAG